AUUAGAUAUAGAUUUUUGUGAGUAUGGAACCUAUUCAGAUCCCUUCGUUUCGAGUUCAAAUAAUGAAGCAUUCUAAAGAUCAAGGAUUUGUGCUUUACCAUAUGAAAGUAUUUUCUGUAGAUGAUAACACCUUUCAUAUUGAAGAUAGAUAUAGAAAUAUGAGAGCUUUAUGGGAAAGCAUUUGAGAAGACGCAGAAAAUGCAAAAAGAAUUCCUAAUUUCCCACCAAAGAAAUGGUUUGGAAGUAAAAGCAGAGAUUUCUUAGAGACAAGGAAAACUGCUCUACAAAAUUUCUUCAAUACACUAUUAGACUCUCCUGACAAAACCAUCUUUAAGCAUAUCAUGAAAUAUUUCAAGAAAUUAGCUAAAAAUAGAGAAGCUUCAGAUGCUCUUCUUAAUAUUGAAGAGUCUGUUACAAAGAAGAGAGAAGCCUCUCCAGUUACAAACAAGGAGGAAGAGGUGAAGUCUGCUUCUAGUUCUCCAAGGAAGCAAUCUCCACAGAAAAAUGAGGAGCAGAAGCAAUCUAAAGCAAACUCCAAAAGAGAAGCUUAUAAAGUAAAUAAGGUUGCACUAACCAGCAAAGAUUAUAAUGAGACAUGUAGCAAGAUUGUUGAUACUUUUAAUAAGAAGUUGAUUGAUUUUGGGUAUGCUGGAGCUGAAGCAAUCCAAGACAUUAUGGCAAAAGGGCAGAACUAUGUGAAACAUUUUGAAGAGUCUAACUUAAAUUCAGAAUUCAACUACCAAACAAAAUUUUUAGACAUCCCAGAAGGAAAUGAUAAAAACUUAGAUCUCUUGGAAAACCCUGAUGAGGAUGCUGAAAAUCAAAAUGAUGUUGCCAACGCUGCACUUCAGAAGAGGCUGACUCAACUAACUGUUCAACUGGGAAAAGACCAGUACGAGCAAUUUGUCAGUAUGAAUGAGGUAGUAUGGAGAGGAAAUUAAUAAUGUUUUUGCUCAAUUUUCUUAAUAGUUAAG